GUAAGGCCCUCAUGAAAACACGCACCCGAUAUAGAAAACAAUCUCAUUGGGGAAAGAAACGAAAAACAGUUGCACUGGGGGCGAGGGAAAGAAAAAAAAAGAGGAAAAAAGCUCUCUUUUCCCUCUCCUGAUUGAUUCCUCUGUCGAUCACUGUCUCUUGAAAAAGGUGCUUCUUCGGAGUACUCACAAUCGAGUGUCAACAGACCACCAAUCGGCAACAGACCACCAAUCGGCCACAGCCUCAGGGUUUUGUGGCCUGUUCCACUUCACGAGGCCGUCGGAUGCGCUUUCGUCUGCCGAAUAGGCGCAGAGGUGGAUCGGGUCCUUGUGGUUGGGAAAGUCCCGCGCCACGCACUCCAGCGAUGCCGUGCAGGGGUGGCUGUCAUCGCAAUCCUCAAAGUAGAGGCCUGCUUUCUGUGGACACAAAUGUGCAUGUCAGCCCAGUCCUAUUUGGCAUUCUGACAUUUGCGUUUGUUCUCACCCUGCAGUCAAACACUCACCCUGCAGUGCUGAGCGGAAACGUUGGCGAAUUUUUCCACAGGAUUGCCAUUCAGGUCGUGUUCAGUGUAGCACUUGAAGGGCUCUUUGUGUUCCUCGCACUGGAGGUCGGUGCGACAAAGGUCACCAUCUGAUAUUGAGGAAUGAACGAACCAAUGGGUUGAGUCGUAUACUCGUAUACCUUUGGUUGGGCCACAAGUGGAGACAAGUUUGUCGCCGUAGGACCUCUCGCUGCAUCGGCGCAUGAUGAUCGAAAAUGGCCCAUCCCCUUGACAGAGAUGGUCGUCGUCGCAGAAGUCAUCGUCCUCACCCCGCUCCUGCAAUGCACGCAAACGUAUCCACGGUAGUGCGUGCGUCCGCCCGCUUACCUUGCAUUUGCCUCUGGAACGAAAGAAGAUGCCUUUGGUGCCGAUGGUGCCAUUCUUGUGGACAUGGAAAUAGCACUUCUUCUGAAGCGGUUUCUUGCAGUCCGCAUCCUUUUUGCAACCGAAGAGGGUCUGGUGGGCCUCGACAUCAGCCGCAGAUGCGCCUGCAUCAUGCAUGCACAUUCACAAAGAAGUGGGCGCCCCACUGCAGUGGUGUUGUGUCGUGCGACCAGCACUCUGGAAGGCGAACGCAGCAGCUGCGAAGGCGAGGCAGAGAGCUGGGUUCAUGAGGAAGAAGAACUUCAUGAUGGCGUGGCAACGAUGAGGGCGGGGCACACUUC